AUGCCUCCCAGAAGGUCUGGCAAAGCUCGAAAGCGGCCACAGGCUGAGACAAGCCGCUCGCCUUCCCCCAACCAUCCCGCAAAGCAGCCAAAGCUAUCAGCUUCACCACCCCCAAGUCCUGAAGAGAAGAAGGCGCGCAGAUCGAACAAGCCCGAUGAAGGAUGUCCCGGCUGGUGGCCUCCCGAGUAUGCACCUGCCGGCAAGCCACUCCCCGCCAACAAGGCCGGCAUGCGAAAGGUCAUCAAGGCCUUUCAGGACGCCGACCGCGAUCCCGCCGAGCUGUGGACUGAGGGAGGUCUGAUGGUCCAGCUUAUCCGUCAAGACCCUGUCGGGAGAAUCCACCAGCGAAUCUUUGACAAGAUUGACUUUGACAAUCUGGUGCCGAAGAAGCUUUCACAGACCCAAAGACAAGAGGUGCUCAGCAGCGAAGAUGAGCAAGCCCCGAUUGACAGAGAGAAUGUCGAGCCGACGCCUGAGCCUCUUGCAGAGUCAGUAACGAUCACCGAAACAUCAGCCCUCGAAGUCACAGAGUCCAACAGUAGACAGCCUCAGAUCACCUAUGUACUCAAACCUGUGAGCGCUACCAUCGAGGCCCUACGAAACGGUGACGGACUGGACAGCCACGACAUGGCGCGGUGUGCGAAUCUAUUCCCUCGCCCUCCAGAUUGGUACAUCUUCCCACCCGGUUCCUCCUUCACAGGCGCCGACAAAAUUCACACUCAACAUCCUUGUCUGAAAGUCCGGCACAUCGCAUUCUUUGUCUACAAUCAAGACGAGGACCAAUGGGCGCUGUGUCAUCUUGAUGUGGGCAAGGCAAUCUUGGUCCACCAUUUAACAAACCAUGUCACCAAGGCGUCUGUAGAGGAACUUGUGGAUUGGUUGAGAUCGCAACCAAAGCUCAACAUGAAAGGGAUGAUGUUUAUGAAGCAGCCGGGCCCAAUCCACAUAGACGCUCCCAGCGGUGGUAUCUAUUCCCUUGUCUUUCUGAAAUGUCUCAUGGCUAAUGACAGGGUUCCUCGAUUCGUUAACAUCGCAACAGCCCGUAUGGAAUUGAUCAAGAUGAUCGGAUCCGCCAAUUCAGAUGGAAACUUGGUAAUCAAAGAAUUGACCUUCACCCAAGACGCUGACUUAAACGGGGGGGCGAUUCCGACUGGGGCGCCAAAGGAUUCGGCUAUCCCCAUUGAUCCUGAGCUUCGAGCGCAUUCUUCUAUACCCGACUCGGCACAGCCUUCAACCCACGCGAAGCAGGACCAUGUCGUGUUGUCUCCUCGUCCGGUGAUGCUAAAGAAACCAGAGCAGCCCUUGCUCAUUUCGCCAUUCGAGAGUUCCCCGAAGCCCACAUCCGAUGAACAUGAUCUUGGGCGACCUACAGACGAUGAAGAAGCGACCAGUAAAUGUGCAGACACUGCACCUACAGACAAUGCACAAGCAUCAGAGACCAACACACCCCUGAGCGAUUCCGAAGAUCCUCUCACCCUCGCCCAAUCUCUCGAAGUGAACUUCACAGCUUUUCUCAACCAACGACGCAAGCUUGAAGCCUGCGUACAGGCCGAGAAGUUGAACGCAAAGAAGAAUGAUGAGACGAUCGCUGAGCUCAAGCAAACUCGAGUCGAACUCAGCAAAAAGAACAGCAGGAGCACAUACGAGCUGAGAUGCAAGGUUUCUGAGUUGGAGACACAACUUGAAGCAGCAAAGGUAGCGCUGGAAACUGCGAAGAUGGCGGAAAAGGAGUCUGACGUCCGCCUCACGGAACUUGGGGACAAGAUUCGAGGUGAAGAUAGAAGUAAGGCUGAAGCUGCUGGGAGGAUCAAGCAAUGGGAGGCUACGCUGGCCAAGACUGCCUUCCAGUCUAUGUAG